GUCUUGCUGCCGAAACCGUACAGUCAGUAGUGAUCGAAACACUCGGUAGACCGUUUGGGAGGAAAACUCGAUCCGUUGCCUCGAGAAGAGAACCGUUCGGGAAGAGCUCAGAGUCUGUUGAACUUUUGCCUUUUCGCGCCGCGCACAGUUUUUUUUCUUCCGUCGAGGAUCGAUAGUUUGCCACCGGAACGCAGGGUUCGUGUUUAAACUAGCUCAACUAACCCCUUAUCUUUCGCCACAAACUAAAAACACCCGUAGACCACCACCACCACCAACAGCAGCCAAAAUGAGUCGCCGCCCCGGAUUCCGUUCCCGCGUCUACGCCUCCAACCUGGGUAUGGUGGAGAACAACUACAAAGAGGCCAUGGCCCGGCUCGAGAGAAGCCGCAGACCAGCCUCGGCUGAUCGCGAGAAAACCUCGAUGUCCCGUGCUUCCCCCCUGGCCAGCAAGCCCCUGUUUGACUUCAACGGUGACGAGUUCGAUGAGGACCUGUCGAUGGCCCGUGCCCGUGCUUCCAAGGUUAUCCACGAGAAGUCGAUCAUCGACUCGCGCUCGGAGCAGCUCCGCAGUCACAGUCUCGCCCCGGUCAGCAGCUCCGUGCUGGAGAACGACUUCGACGAGCAGGUCCAAGCCACGUUGAACCGAAUCCGCGCUAGCAAGAACAUUCUGAACCAACUGCAGAGCGAUGAUACGCUGGAGCAGGUUCGCAGUGAAACCCGAUCCAAGCUGAGCGAACACAGCGCCAAAAAGUUGGCCGAAAAACUGUCCAGCUACGACGACUCCAGCGAUCUCGCAUCCACUGAAAAACAGUCCGUGAGGAAAACGCUCAAGAUUAGAGCAGUAACCGACAACAGCUCUGCCCUGAACGCCAAGAGUGCCCUCAAGUGGAAGGACGAAACGGCGGAGUCGUUCGCGGCCAAGCGAGCUAGCGCUACCAAAGCACGCCUAGCCGAGCUGGACCAGGAUAUGAUGGAUUUCGAGGAGAAGCAAGCAGCCCGCGCCCGCCGUGCGGCUCAUCUGAAGAAGGUGCUCGCCGAAACGGCAUGCGAUGAACUGAUCCCGGCCACCACCACCGAGCAGGCAGGAACCAAAGUAACCACCGGCAUGGUCCGAUUCAAAACGCAAAAGAAGGUGGUUUCCUUCUAAGAGUGUGCGUGUUUUAGUGUUUAGAAACAAAUAAAUUUACCUUAUACUUUUGUUUUAAAUUCCUACCUUAACCGUUAUCGUUUACUAUAAUGUAUAAAUUUUUGAAAUUAAAAGGGAAAAGAACAUAACUCUUAGGAUGUAAGACAUUCGCAUUAUAGAUAUUUUUCAACUGGCACUAGGCACAAGGUUUUCCCCUUGGCACCAUAUGACUCGAGAAAAUCGAGCUGAGAAAGCGUAGAAUUAUUUAUCGUUAGGAAUAGACAGAUCAAACGUCGAGAAACGCAAAUUAAAAAUAAAGAAUUGCUAAUUGCAAAAAAAAAA